UCUGGCAAUAAUCUGUGUUAUCAGGGCUAUAAAACGUCAGUGGCUUUUGAGCAGUUGACAUCUUCGGAAGCGCCAUCCACUCAACACUGCGUCCUGCUCUGUUAUAUUUCACCUCACUUUGUUAAAGGAUCGAACUCAGCAUGAGGUGCCUCUGGGUCGUUGGAGUGCUCAUGUCAGUGCUCAUAGCCAUUUCUGACUGUAAACCUAACGUUAACAUAAAGAAUCUGACGAAGCAGGCCGAAGACAAUGUGAACAACGAGGACAAACUGUACCAGGAAAGAUUUGAAGCUAAAAUCGACAUAUUGCCUGAGGAUCUUACUACUGUAACAGCUGCUCUGUUUGAAGAAACGCCUGACAGAGCAGCGGAAAUUGAGAAGCAAAGCAGAUUGGUUAAUUGGCUGUCUUACCUUCUCAGAAAAAGUGGAGGGAGCGUAUCUUUGUCUGAAGCUUUGGCACUGACUGGUAUAGAGUGUCCAUUCAAGCCUCCUGAAUCCUGUCCAUCAAGCAAAUACAGAUCUCUUGACGGUGUGUGCAAUAACAAGGCUCAUCCGCUACGCGGCGCUGCUUUCACCCCUUUCGCAAGAGAAAUACCUCCAGCUUACGAGCAAGACCCAAGCCCGGAAGGUUUGGAUGAUUUCCCAAGAUGCACUGCCAAGAGCGGCCAAUUGCUACCCAGUGCACGUGAGAUCAGCCGAAAAGUUCAUCAACAGGGACCAUCUUCCUCAAACGCUGAGACAAAAAGUUUUUUCUUCGUAGCUUGGGGUCAGUUUGUGGCUCACCUGAUCACAGAUCGUGCCCCAGCCUCAGGCUUUAAAUCAGCGAGAGUAGACUGUUGCAACUUAUCGAAGAAGGCACCCCCGUCCGAAUGUUUCAACAUAGACCUGGCUGACGACGACCCUUAUCGCUCUGUGGGAAGAAGCUGCCUAGGCUUCCUAAGGUCUCUGGAGGCAACAGAUAUCGACUGCAAAACUGGGCGUCGUGAACAGUUGAACUCGGCAACCUCCUUUAUUGAUGGAAGCGCUGUGUAUGGUGUCACUGAGGAAAACGCUAAGUCUUUGCGAACAUUUUCAGGAGGCAAGCUUGUGGUAUCAGAGCCCAAUCAGCUACCAUACAAUUGUAAUAACCACCCACUGGCCGCGAAGCGGGGAUUCAAUUUGUUUAGUGCAGGCGAUCCUCGAGUUAACGAAGUGUCUCAUCUGAUAGGCGUACACACGGUAUGGGUCCGAGAGCACAACAGAAUAGCCACAAAACUAGCUUCUUUGAACCCCUCGUGGAAGGACGAGACUCUCUACCAGGAAACUAGACGGAUUGUUUCUGCUCUAAUCCAGCAUAUCUCCUAUAAGGAGUGGCUUCCAAUCGUGCUUGGCAAUGACAUCAUGACUAAAUACAAUCUGAGCGUUCUUUCCAGUGGUUUCUAUGACCAGUACGAUGAGAACGUGAACCCGGCUACCACAAGCGUCACAGCGUCAGUUGCUAUGCGUUUCGGUCACACACUGGUCUCCCCUCUUUUCCGUGUUCUCCCUAGGGACUACUCACAGGGAAGCACGCCAGCGUUGACACUAGGAAGCCUUUUUUUUCGUCCAAACUUAUACGUGAUGCACGAACAAGGACUCAUGAGGGGCCUACUGGCGGACCCCAGCCAGAACAUGGACCCCUUCGUCGAAUUUGAUCUGACCAAUCGCCUCUUCGAGACGGCUCGCGGUAACGGCAUGGAUUUGGCGGCGUUCAAUAUUCAGCGUGGCCGCGAUAAUGGGAUACCUUCCUAUAACGAAUGGAGGCGAAAGUUCAAUCUGCCAGUUGGUACUUCUUUCUCGGCUGGCCUGCCCGGUAUCCCGGACAAUUUAACCAAAACGCUGGAAAGCGUGUAUGGCGACCCUGAAGACAUCGACCUUUACUCGGGGGCCCUGUGCGAGACCCGUGAAGGCGGUGCUGCUGUGGGGCCUUUGUUCGCCGAAAUCUUAGGACAGCAGUUUAGUAAUUUCCGAAAGGGCGACAGGUUUUGGUACGAGACGAAUGAGUCACCACAGGCUUUUACAGCUGCCCAGCUGACUCAGAUUCGAGGGGUGACUCUAGCAGAAGUCCUCUGUAACAACCUUGACCUUGACACCAUACAGCCUGCUGCUUUCCUUUUGCCUGCUCCUCAAACGAACGCGCGAGUGGCUUGUUCGACGAUUCAGCAGUUUGAUUUAACCCCUUGGAGAUCCCAUUAGGCGCCUCCAUCUGAAUAUUUUAUUGACGUCGAUGUCCGAAAUUCUCUGCGCCGUGCCUGUCUCAUGAAUAACCCGUUGGGGUGAAUAGUCGAAUUUACAUAUGCCGCUCUGAUUUGCCAAAAAUUGUUAAAUUAAAUCGUUAAUAAUUCUUUUAAUUGUAAGUGUGUUGUACUCAGAAAACGUCGUCUGCUAUCAAAUGACCAUAAGGCCUCUUUCAGAAUUUAUCAAAGUAAAUUGAAUCACGUCUUUGUGAAAUUUAUUUUUAGGUUUGGUAUUAUAAAUUGAUGAUAACAGAGCUUUUUCAUUAUUUCAAGACCAUUAACGUCUAAUAAAUUGGUUUAAAUAUCACUGCAUUUUACAUAAUUAUGCUGAAGCUGUUAUGCUAGUGGGAGUACAAUUUGCCAUGAUUCAAGCAUAUUCACGCGAUGUAAACAAGAUGAGCAUCACAGAUAAACAUUAAAUAUAUUGGUAAAUAAAGAUGACACAUGCAACAUA